UGGUAUAAACUUGCUUUUUGGUGGAGAGAACCUGAUGCCCUUUUGAUGUGUUAGUGGGUGGUGCUGUUUUUCUCUCUUUAACACACACACGUAUUCAUAUUCACAUACACUCUCUCUUCAAGACUUCCAUUUUUCUUCUUAUUUUCUUCCCCAAAACAAUCCAUCCUUCCAUCCCCUUUAUUAAAGUUACAAGGUAAAUUAAAUGGAUGAAGAUUCAAGUGGUGGUGUUUUUAAUUGAUAUACUUGUUCUUCUUCUGCUGUUUCUGCGUCUGUUGCUUUAACUUGGUGGUGGGGUUUAGCGUGAUAAAAGAGGCCUAGUUUUCUAUAUGCUGAAGGCUAAGAAGUUAAAAAAUAAGGCCCAGGUGUGGAUUAGUAUUAGUAGAAGAAGAAGAGCUUGUGACUGUUUCACAAACAGCACAAGAAGAGUGAAGCUUUUCUUCAGAUGUUAUCCAUUGAAAACCCUCCAUCAGAUCCCUCAUGUUCUUGUCAAUUUCCACAACUAAAUACCACUCACAGUGAUGACUCGCCUUCUGAUAAGCUUGACGUAGAUCUGCUUAACCCACCUCCUCCUUCUCCUCAUCUUCCGAAAUUCUCCAUAAGAGAUUAUGUGUUCACUUCUCGGGGAAAAGAUAUCAAGAAGAAUUGGCCUUUCUCUCUGAAAAAUUUGCAACUUUGUUUGAAACAUGGCGUGAAGGAUGUAUUGCCACCAUUUCAGGCUAUUGGUGCUGUAAAGACUCAAGCCACUAAGAGAUGGACGGUUGACACUUGUUCAAUUGAAAAGAAAAGCAUAGGUAAUUUUGAUGCGGAGCCUGGUUCCGGGCCCAACAAUAAUGAGGUUUUAGACUCAGCUGAUGAUGUUCAGUUGAAGCAUAAGCUUGAAAAUGCUUGCAUAGACACAAGUUCAUGCAGAUCUGCAGGUGAGAAUGAUUUUCCAUCCACAACAACAAGUGUUUCUCAAUCUGAAAUAGAGUCUGUUCCUACUGAAAGGCCAUCUAGUUCACCACCUGAAACCGACACUUUGUUGGAAGCCUCAGCCUCAGCCUCAGCCUCAGCCACCGUUGAAGUUGAAGCAGGUCAUCCUACAUCCCAUAAGACUGAAAACACUACCCGACCCCCAGGAAAAAAGUGCAGAUUGAUAGUAAAGUUUAGUGGAAAUUCUGAUCGUAGCUCAACCGAAGAUAUUGCUUCAAAUUCUACUGCUGUAUCUGAAACAAUGGCUUCAAAAGUUUGCCCUGUUUGCAAAAUUUUCACAUCCUCAUCAAAUACCACCUUGAAUGCACACAUUGAUCAGUGCCUUUCUGCGGAGUCGACUCCCAAGUGGACAGCAGAUUCUAGAGUUACCAAGCAUAGAAUUAAACCGAGAAAGACCAGACUGAUGGUGGAUAUAUAUUCUACAGCUCAAAGGUGCACUUUAGAAGAGCUUGAUAGAAGAAAUGGCACAAGCUGGGCCACUAUUUCAAGCUUGCCUGCUCAGGAUUCCGAGAAGCUUGAUGUACCAGCUGAAGUGAAAAGGCAAAGAGUGUCUCAGGUACAUCCUGAGGAUGCUGGUGAAGUAGGUGAAGUUUAUAUUGAUGCCAACGGAACCAAACUUCGGAUUUUAUCCAAGUCUAAUGAUGCACCAGUUGUGUCAAAAGUAGUAGAGGAUCUUCCACCAAAGAAUCCUUUGAAAGGAGGUAAAGGAAGCAAAUUCCUAUCAAUCAAAAAGAAAAAGAGGCAUGCUAGGAAACAUCUGAAGUAUCUGAAACUUGCUCCUCAAAGCAGAAAAUUUUUCUCUUACAAAGCUCGUGCUUCUCAGAUAUCUAGGGGUGAAGGGUAUAAUGAGGUGGAAGAAAGCAGCAAGGAGAAACAUGAGAUACAAAAGCAAAUCAGAUCCAGUGAUUCUGGAACUUUGAGGCAGUGGGUACGCUCUAAACGAAGGGGUCUGGCAAAGAAAGCCAAUAAUCAAGGUGGCAAUCAACCUUUCAGAUGUAAGUGGCAUUUAGCUCGGGGCUUGUUGGUAGAGAAUGAUCAGCCACUAGGUGAAACUUUAGCGGAGAGAAAUCGUGUUCAGAAAUUUACAAAUUUGUCUGAGAAUCUGUUGUCUUCUCCAUCAACUAGUGAGAGGGUGGAGAAUCCUUUUUAUAAUUCCCAAGUUAGUGACAGAUCGGAGCAUUCUUCUGGGAGAAAGAGAGUAGGAAGUUCGUUCUUUGGAGCCAGGAUAAGUGAUAACAUGGAAAGGUCUCUUCCACAAAUAAACCAUCAUGGCAAUCAACUAAGCGAAGAUAGCCCUUUCAGAAAUGGCAGCCAUACAUUUGAACCUUCUAACUCUAGUAGAAAUUGUGUAUCUUCAGUGAACAACAAGAGAGUUGGUAAUCAUGGAGACCCGGAUAAUAAUUCUGAUAUCCUUCCUGGUACAAGCACAGCACCAUCGUUGAAUACUCAUGCACUUGCAUCAAAAGCAUUGAGAACAGUGUUGAGGAAAAAGGCAUCGUCUGUUAGCUGCCAGUCAUCUGUGAUUAAAUCCAAACCUAAUAUGGGUGAGAAAUUUUCUGCUCGAAGGAAGAAUCGAAUGGUUCAAAUUGGACAAGUAGAUGAAGAUGUAGCAGCUUGGCAUUCUGAGGUUGAUCAACAAUAUGCUUUAAUGCACAAUGGUACUGAUGAACAUCUUGGAAGAGAAGAAAUAACUGAAAAUACCUGUUUUGAGAGAGGUGGUGUACUUGAAGGCAAGCAAGAUAGAGGAUCAAUAAGCUUCUCUCAAGAGGAUGGAGCACCUCAAUCAUAUGGCCAUGAUGAAGGAAAAAAUACAGAUUCUUCUGCUAGAGCUGGUGAUGAUCUCCUAGAAAAGGUUGAUGUCCUUGAAUCAGUUGAGGCGGGAGUCACGAGUUUGAGGCAAUCUGCAGUUACUAAGUUCCACAAGCUGAGUAAUCGUCCCAAGACCCAAUCCAACUCUUUACAUUCUGUUGAGGACUAUAAUGGAAUUUUAUGUGGAGGUGAAGCCCUGACAGGCCCAACUGAGCCAGGAUUUGUUAAUGGAGAAGAAAUUUAUUGUUCUGAUGAAGUAGGCAAUGGUAUGAUCGGGCAAAGUGCUCAUAUGGGGCCUGGACUGGAUUCUGAUAUUGGUCACGGAAAUUCUUUUCCUGAGGUUGAUCCGAUACCAAUUCCAGGACCACCUGGUUCGUUUUUACCAAGUCCUAGGGACAUGGGAUCAGAUGAUUUUCAAGGAAACUCAUCAUUGACCACAAGCCGGGUUCAGUCUUCUCAAGAUCAGCUUGAUUUUGUAGAUGGAGAUUCAUCAGACUCACCAAUUUCUGCAACAUCGACAAUCUCUAACUCCACUGCUGCCAGAUCUAAUUUGAAGUACCAAGAAUCAUUAUCAUCUGUAGGAGUUCAUGCAAUUCAAGACAGGGUGAGGUCAGGCUUCUCCACUGCUAGUAUGGAGGCUGUGGUUCCACUGACAGGUCCAGGAGCAGAAAAAACUUAUCCUGAGGGAGAGAAAUUUAAAGUCAAUAAGAUAUCUAUUGAGAAGAGACCUCUCAGUUUCAAGAAUGAUGGUCAACCUUGCUGCUGCCAAAGGAAGGAGAGAAUUUCUCAGGAUAUUGCACCGAAUUAUCAAGAAUCACAAUUACUAAGGCGGCGGACAAUGGCUUCGGUGACACUGCCUGCCAUGGGAAAGCAAAAUGUCAGACCCAACAAUUUUGAUGCAAGGCCUGAAAUACUUCCUCUCAGUGGUUGCCCUAGUUUCGGAUCUGAGAAGGUUGUGCUUCCAUUGAAGGGCCCUGCUGGUUCCAUUUCAGUAAAGGGAUCUCCUGAAGGGACGAAGUUUGUAGGUCAUGGUGAUUGUGACUCUCCAAGUCCAUCCACUCCUAAUCCAAUACUCAGGCUCAUGGGGAAGAAUCUAAUGGUGGUCAACAAAGAGGAAGAUACUGCUAUGCCCCUUGGGCAGUCCCAGCAAUGUGCCCAGAAUAGCCAAGUAAUUUCUCAGUUUCAAACGGCAUCUCGAGUCUCUCCUGGCAAUAUGCAAAAUCAGGAUUGCCAUUCCUUCACUCAUAUGCCUCCUCUAGCUCCUGUAAUCUUCAAUCGUAAUCCUUAUGAUGCUGUUGGGCCAUCUUUUGAAGUUAGGUUUUCGAGCAGUUAUAGAAACCACACUAAUCCCAGGACACCACAGACACCUGCACAUGUUCCAGCAAGCCUGUUUCCUAACCAGCAUAUAAAUGGUGGUUUUGCUGCAUCUCUGGAGCCUAACAUGUAUGAGGAUGCUUACAGUUUAUCAAGUAGACAUAGCAGACCCAGGAUCAGACUGAAUGAAACAUCCCCAUAUAAUAUAGACAAAGUUUUAACAACUCUUGAUCGCCCUCAAAAGACUGCAGAUGGUGGUGCUUCUAUCAAAGAAAUCAUUGUCAUUGAUGAUGUUCCUGAAAGUGAAGCCAAUGAGAGUGCUGAUGUUGCAAAAUAUUCUGAAGGCUUAAGGACAACCCAGCUGAUUUCAUCUGGCAUUUCAAUUCCAACAGUUCCCAGUUAUAACUCAAGGCAUGUGAGUCCUUUCUCUGGUUAUCAACCACAGGAUCCUUCUCUUUUGGGUGAGUCACCUGUGAUGCACAACAGUAGUUUCCAUGCAAUGCCCUCCAGGCUACCCAAUUCCAGUCCUGUUAAGUGGAGUUGUACUCCAGAAAGUUCUGGUGUGCUCCAGCGGAGUUCCUUUAUGGCUGCGUCUACCUCAAGUGGUCAUCAUUUGGGAUCGUCACUUUAUUAUUCUCCAAGCUUGUAAUAGUCAGGAGCUUGGCUUGAGAUGGCUAUUUUCACACAAUCCCUCAUUACCAGGUUUUUCAUUAAUCAACCUUGUUCUCUUAUUGAGCUUCUCCUAGAUUACUGAUGGCUAGAGACCCUGGGGUUGAAAAAUGAUUUCGACGUCAAAAAACAAUGAAGGUUUGUUCCAAUAUAGUCUACAAGAGAGUUCGGCGGCUCAGAUCUUGAAUAGAGUUUGUAUUUAUAUUUAAUGUACUGAAGUUGGGUAAACUUAAUGCUUUUUUUUGAGGGUUCUAAUGCUUAGGCAAACUUAAAAGUUGUUGCAGAGACUAGAAAAAUGUAUAAGCAAACCUUGAAAUAAUAGUUGAUGACCAAACUUGGCUCAAAGCUAAUGGAGUCAAGUGUUCUUAUAAUCAAAAUUUCAUAGUGCUUUCUUAUA